UUCUGAUGCAUGCUCUUCGGAAAGUUUCAUCAGAAAGUGUUUUUUACAAAAUACCUGCAGGUAUUUGAAGCAUAUUAAUACUGUAUUUGUUUUCUCCACUCGUGGAGUGUUCCACCGUUCCCGAUAAAAACAAACACAAAUCCUCGCCAGUGUAUUGCUACCUCGCUCACUCACACGCUCUCUCGCAACACUGGCAAAAUUAUCGGUGGGCCACCGUCCGUAAGCAGAACUCCGACAGAUCAAAACCAGUGCAACACCGUCCGAAUAAACAAACAGUUUGACAGCACCUAGUGGUGCACCAGUGCAACACUAGUGCAACACUCGGCAUAAACAAAUACGGUAUAACUACGGCGAGAUGGGCUCACUGGCCCCAGCCAACAAACAGCAAAGAAAAAAAAAAAAAAUAUUAACUACGUUCUUCAAAAUAUUAGACUGUUUUUAUUACUAAAAUGAUACUGAGAAACAUAGAACUAGAAAAGGUGUCCUGUAUGACGGUGAAUUGGUACGAUAAGUUCAAGAAAAACACCGUCAAGUCCUUUGUCAUUCCGGUACCAGAAGAUGUGCUGGCUUAUCUACGUCAGGAUUUAGUAAUUUUACCGAAAGAGUGUUCGAAGCUCAGUACUUCCGGUUCCACCAAAACCAAGCAUUUCAACUCCUACAAUGAUGAGUUCAGUGACGAUGAGGCCGAUGAUGACAGUCCGGAGUUUCCCGAAUUCAGUUCCAAAGUUACUGAUGCUAUUGAAAAUCUGGGUGGUUCGGCUUUUCUGAAAUCCGACUGGCAUUGUCCAAAAGAUGCUCAGUGGAUCACGCUGGGACAGUCUCUGUGUGUACGAGAUCUCACCGACGUUUACCAGUUGCUGAAGGCAUCUAGCUUAUGCAAGGAAGAUUUCUCGGAACGGUCCCCCUUGAACAACACCGGUUAUCAUAUCGUACUGAAGAAAUGGCGGGACAUUCAUCCGGGAUCCGAGUUUCGUUGCUUUGUAAAAAACAAGUCUCUCGUAGCCAUAUCUCCUCGCCAAUGGCCCUCAUAUCACGAGCACAUUGCAAAGGAACGAAGCGACAUCGUCAACGAUAUUGUGUCUUUGUUCAAGGAGAAGAUCAAGGAAAAGUUUCCACUAAAAGAUUAUGUGAUUGAUGUCUAUCGCCCUGCCAAGGAUCACGUUGUUAUUCUGGACUUUUCGGUUUACGGCAAAGGUAACUCGGACAGCUUGGCCUUCGAUUACGACCAGCUGGAUGCCGAGGCUGAAACGGCAACCAUCGAAGAGGAGGACGAUCCGGAGUUCCGAUAUCUGCCGGAGGACUGCGGCAUACAACCGAACCGGAGAAAUAACUACGGUUUCCCACAAGAUGUUGUAGACAUGUUUUGCGUGAACGAUGCCAAUGCUGGCACAUCACACCAGGAAGCAAAUACCGAUGCUCAAAGUUUGAUCAACAAACUUAUGGAUGAGUGGAAUCUUCAAUCGAGAAACACGGACGAUGACGAUUAACAAUUAAAUUAAAAGAAUUCAACAUUA